AUGACGGAGCUUUUCACCACACGCGAGGCAGGCGCGGCGGGGGCUGGGGACCUACUGAUCCCUUCGCUUGCCGCAGCUGGAAAGCUGAGGUGUAGAGCGUAUUAUCCAUCUUUGCCUCCCACAGCGAAAACAACGGCUGCAUCCAUAGCAGCGUCUUUUCAUGAGUCUCAUGGUGCCGCAUGCAUUGACACGGAUCCCCGCCACACCUGCAGUCUGUUGCUCAACGAGGAGGAUGUCACGUUUCUUUUCGCUGCCAUGACAUGGAAUGUGGAUCUUCUGGAGGUGUUGCUAGCCAAGGCGGAGAAUCCGCUUCACACCCACGGCAUUCACAACAAUCCGUCAUAUUCUUGGCAGCAACAGGCGGUAUCUGCGACGGAGGAAACGCAUGUCGCCACACUCGCCAAGGCGGUGUUUCCAACUCUUGAGGAGGCGCUUUUGACAGCCACUUCAACGACACGGGCGCGACCGAGAAACAAAAACUAUACUUCCGGCGGUCAUCACAGCCGUCGCAGCAAGCGGCGAAAAAUUGGACGUGGUCGCGCAACACAGUUACGCGUCUACUCAACUUACCUGUACGAAGGCCCGGCGGAAUACGAUGGUGAGACCGAGGAGGAUGAAGAAGAAGAAGUGGUGGCGGUGAAGAGCACAGGGCUCAAUAAAGGCAGCAGAGAGAAGGAAGGCGCUUGCUCACAGAUGCCAUACGACGCCGACGCAGUCAGAGCGGCGGAAGAGGCGUAUGAUACGUACCUGACGGAGGAGGAAGAGUUUGACAUGCUUCACACACCACAUCGCCGUCUUGAACCACGCGACGGUCCUCAUGAUGCCGCUGUUUUCGAAACAUUUGUUGGUACUGUUCCCACUGCCAAUGAAACUGCUUCGCGGGCCACCAUGCCAUUGGAGGAAGAGAUGGAGAGGAAAGCGCAGCAACCUUUUCCGGCUACCAUGCGUGAUUUUCUUCGGUUAUUCUUUCAAAGCUUUCUUAUUGUUGUGUGUGCCAUGUUAAGAUAUCAAGAACAACAUGCCCUGCAUAGUCGCCCACCACGUUCACUUACUGCACUGGAAUAUCGUGCAAUUUGUUUUGUGCGUCAACAUCUUGCGGCGUUCAAAGGGAUUAUGCGUCGACAUGUGAUUGGGAGAGAGAACGAGGUGGAGCGGCGUGCAGCACAGUCACUUCUUGUUGACGCCUUCCAGUGUGACAAGGAGGGGGAUGAGAACAAGUAUGUGGAUUGGAAACCAUUAUGCGCCCAAGUAUAUAUUUCAGGGAGGGAGCCCGUGUCGCAACCGCUGCUUCUUGAGGUCCUUCGCAUAACGCGGGUGCUGCAGUGUCAUGCAAAUCCACCUUCGAGUGACGUCCGUGAUCCCCGAUCCAUUGGGAAUGGCAAGGAUAUGGCCUUAAAUUCGCUUUAUUGCUGGCGUCGGCUUGUAUUGGAGGGAUUAGAUGCAGGAAUGAGCAACUUGCAAAGCGUGGAUGAGGCAUAUUUACUCUUCGUCUGCAGCGAAGAGCGGGAUUUGGCUCACGAGCUUUUCAGAAAGUGUCUCUCACCCUUGGUCUGGGAACCAUAUAGAACCAUUGGUCCGUACACGGUCUAUACCACAGAGCUUCCGUACUCAAAACGAUUGAUUGCCAAGCUGGUUCUUCCCGCCGAGGACCUGGAAUCAUAUGAUCUUUCUAAACACUUUCAGGAGGGCGUCUUCCGUUUUUUGCACGGUACUCCCUUCUUCCCUUUUGAUGCUACACCGCUGUGUGGAUCUCACGGCAUGUCGCCACCCUCGCCUCGUGGCUGCUCCCUUGUGCAUUGCUCGGCUGGGAUGCACCGCUCUAGUGGAAUAGCAAUUGCGUAUCUACUUUGGCUUGUGUUCUUGUCACACAGUAAACUCCCGGUUGUGCGAGAAGUUGGUGUUUCAGUGACAGCGAAGCGUGAGGAGGGGGAAGAAGAACAAAAACAGCGGCAACAACCCACCGUUUCAUAUCUUUCUGCCGUUCUUCGACAUCGAGAGCCAGUUACAAGCUCCGCUGAUACCAUGGCCGCAGAUACAUCGGUGACAAUGACACCCCCACUGCUACCAGCGGCUGUAGGAGAUGUAUGCGUAGAUGUAGGAGGAGUUCACGUAGACAAAUACGUGAAGAAGACAGACUUGCCGGCACACAAACCCACAUCAGUUGUUGAAGUAUGUAUGGAGCACGUGCGCCGGCAGCGUUCCAUGGCUGUUCCUAUUCCUGCUGUGCAGGAGUAUCUGCGACGGUAUGCAUGCUAUCUUCGUCUUCAGUGA